GGCACACCACUUGCUCGCGGUCACCACCGAUCAAAGCCCGAGACCGAGAGCUAGCCGAGGAAGACGACGACACGGGCGAGCUGGUUCCGCGGAGCUAGAUCUUUUGGCCAGCAUGGCCGGUCGCCUCCUGCUCGUCGCGCUCGUGUCGGCGGCAGCGGUCGUCGCCGGCGCGCUCCUGCCGCCGCGCGCGGAGGCGGCGGGGAAGGUCUCCCUCGCGCUCUACUACGAGUCGCUGUGCCCGUACUGCUCGCGGUUCAUCGUCAACCACCUCGCCGGGAUCUUCGAGGAUGGCCUCAUCGACGCCGUCGACCUCCGGCUCGUCCCCUACGGCAACGCCCACGUCGGCGCCAACAAUACCAUCUCUUGCCAGCAUGGCGGUGACGAGUGCUUACUGAACACCGUGGAGGCUUGCGCCAUCGACGCAUGGCCGGAUUUGAGAGUGCAUUUCCGGUUCAUCUACUGCGUGGAGAGCCUGGUGGUGGACGGCAAGCGCAGCGAGUGGGAGUCCUGCUUCGCGAAGCUCAACCUCGACGCCAAGCCUGUCACCGACUGCUACAAGAGCGAGCGCGGUCACCAGCUCUCGCUCAAGUAUGGAAGGCAGACUGACGCACUCCAGCCUCCCCACAAGUACGUCCCGUGGGUUGUCGUCGACGGUCAGCCGCUCUACGAAGAUUACGAGAACUUUGAGGCUUACGUCUGCAAGGCGUACAAGGGCCAUCCUCCCAAGGUGUGCGAGGGGCUGGCCCGUCCUCCGACUCCGACCGUACUGGAGCUAGCGGAGGGAGGCAACAGGGUCAGUUAUUACGACUCCGGCGAUAUCAGGCUUAAGCCUGAUGAAGACGACCACGCCAAUAUCAAGAAGGUGCUGCCAGAUGGAGAUGAUGAUGCUUGAAUGAUGGGGAACAUAUGAACACAGGGUAGUUCCAUGUUUCUGUCUAGGUUUUAGGUCUCAGGUCAUCAGUAAUAAUAAAGUGACUAAAAGCUAUAUAUUGUGUAUUUAUGCAACCUAAUUAGUCUGAUCUAUUUAAAAGGGUUGACCUCUC